AGAACCGUUAUGUGCCAAGAUAACAAAUAUUGAUAAAGUUAACAAAAAAAAUCAAUCACAUUAAUGAGCAAUUAUCGAAAAUAGAUCGAAAAUGACGAACAUUUCCGAAAGUGUUCCGGAAACAGCCGAAUGGGGCGGGGACGUCACGACAAGUGAAUGGAAGUCGAGGCGGAGCCAGGUGCCAUUGUUUUUUUAUCGACGAGAGAGUAGCGUUCGGGUUUGUUUGACCAAAACAUCACUAGAAUGGUUCAAAACUGCUGUGCUAUGUGGUGUACAAAUAGCUAUUUAUCGGAAUAUAGUAUCCAUGAGUUCCUGAACGCGAAAAAAAAAGCUGGACUACGCAGACAAUGGGUAAAGUUCGUCCGAGCCAAGAGGGCUAAUUUUCUAGACACAGCCUCCGGCACGGUUUUCUAUGGUGCGCAUUUUCCACCUGAAAGCUUCUCGAACUAUGGACAAGUGAAAUCGGGUUUUGCUAAAAGAUUGCUGCUCAAAGGAGAUGCGGUGCCGACCAUUCACGCGCAGCCACCUAAAUGUCCCGAGAUAUCAAGAAAGAGGACGAUGAGUGGCAAAGGAGGCUAAGGCUAAGCAAAGGAGGGGAGCAGCCAAGCUCGAAAUGGCCUGAGUGGAAUCAGCCUUUUGCGGCAUCCCUCUCCUAAUUCCUCACACACUAAUCAGGACUGCAUGGCUGUUACAUCAGCUUGAGCCACCCUCCCCUCCUCCCUCCCAUUUUCUAAAGGACACUCAUGUUCCCACAUUCCUGCCUCUGACCUCCAUAUGAGAUUCCAAAUCUCCGAGCAGAGCCGUCCCAGACCUUCAGCUUUACGUCGUCAUAAAAAGGAGCGGCGAUCCCAGUCUCGGAGCAGCUCUAGCCGUCGCGGCGUUUGUGCCCACAGCCAUGCAGGUGUCCUUUGCGUGCACGGACCAUGGGCUGAAGGCCCCACGCAACGGUGAGCACAGUAAACAGAACACUACAAGCCCCAACACUACCAGCCAGGCCCGCGCCCGCUUUCGCACCGUGGCCCUAAUAGCUCGCAGCUUGGGCUCCUUCACCCAUCGUUACCAUCACAACCUUAAGGAGUCCACUGCAAAGCUCACCGGCAUGAAAUACAGGAAUCUUGGGAAAUCUGGGUUGCGUGUCUCCUGUCUGGGCCUCGGCACGUGGGUGACAUUCGGCGGUCAGAUCUCAGAUGAGGUGGCCGAGCAGCUGAUGACGAUCGCGUACGAAAGUGGGGUCAACCUGUUCGACACGGCAGAGGUGUACUCAGGCGGGAAAGCAGAGAUAAUCCUGGGCAACAUCAUUAGGAAAAAGUGCUGGAGGCGAUCCAGUCUAGUGAUCACCACAAAACUCUACUGGGGAGGAAAGGCUGAGACAGAGAGAGGCCUCAACAGAAAACACAUUAUUGAAGGUUUAAAGGGUUCCCUCCAGAGGAUGCAGCUAGAGUAUGUCGAUGUGGUUUUCGCUAACCGACCGGACAACAACACUCCCAUGGAGGAGAUAGUGAGAGCCAUGACCCAUGUGAUCAACCAGGGCAUGUCCAUGUAUUGGGGGACAUCACGGUGGUCUGCUAUGGAAAUCAUGGAAGCCUACUCCGUGGCCAGGCAGUUCAAUCUUAUUCCACCAGUCUGCGAGCAGGCCGAGUAUCAUUUUUUCCAGAGGGACAAAGUAGAAACACAGCUUCCGGAGCUCUACCACAAAAUUGGUGUAGGUGUGGUCUCCUGGUCUCCUCUGGCUUGCGGCAUCAUCACUGGGAAAUAUGACAACGGUGUGCCAGAGUCCUCCAGGGCUUCCAUGAAGCCAUACCAGUGGUUAAGGGAGAAAAUAAUGAGUGAGGAUGGAAGAAAACAACAAGCCAAGCUGAAAGAAUUGGCUCAUAUAGCAGAGAAGCUCGGUUGUACGUUACCCCAACUGGCUAUAGCGUGGUGCCUAAGGAACGAGGGAGUGAGCUCAGUACUGUUGGGAUCUUCGAAUCCGAGCCAGUUAACAGAGAAUCUUGGUGCCAUUCAGGUGAUUCCUAAGAUGACAGCGGGUAUCGCCUCAGAAGUGGAUCACAUACUGGGGAACCGUCCGCACAGCAAAAAAGACUACCACCAUUAGGAUGAUCCGACUUCUAAACUGUCCCUUGAAAGUGUAUCAAAGCUCACAAGCACAGCCAUGGCACAGCAAAAAGUGUCCAACUUUACUGGUGUGACCCCGUUUUUGACUGUUAAAUGUGUUCUGCUUGGCUCAUUAGCCACUUGUCAUUAUCAUAAAGUGAGAUGCUUUCCAACGAAUGCAUGCUUACAACCAUGGCAGAUACGACAGAAGAUCCAGUGAGAUCUUUGUUCGGAUGGAGUCAUCCUUUUUUCCCCGGCUAUGACCACAGUAUUAAAAAAUUUGACCGUGGAGAAUAGUAAUUAUGCCGCGCAGUGAACAACAAAAAAUGCUAUAUAUUUUAUAAGACAGUUGAAAAUUUUGCCUCAUUAGUUGUUCGUGGGGUGUUGACAACACAAUAUAGGUUGUAUAUGAUAACCUGUGCAAUUAAGGUCUGCUGUGGGCAGACUCGAUGCUACGUUGCAUUCUUUUUUUGCAGCUCAAGCUGAAACGUCAACGUGAUAAAUUGUUUCCGUGUAUAAUGAACGGAGGUCAGCCACUAUAUUUUUUCCAAAAUACUUGUGCUGUACUAGUUAUAAUGUGUUUUACUUGAUGAGCAGGUUUUACUCCCAACAGAAAUAUUCUUUUUUUUUUUCUUCAGUUCUUUUCACUUUUGCUGUUCAGGUUAAACAUUUGUCUUCUUGUGGUGGAGAGAUGAUAUACAGUACCUACAAGCAACAAGGCCACCUAGGUCUGGCUAAUAAAAACAACACAAAUUAGCCCCUCCAGUCUUUGCACUCUGUUCAUGUUGUACUCCUACCAGUUUCCUUCAGAAACCAUUUGACAAAAUUGGUCUUUGUUUUGCUUUUAUGUCUUCAUGUGCAUUUUCGUGUGGCUCAUCAGAGUUGUACAUAAAAAUAAAGAGCUUAUUAAAUAGCAUGCUCUGUUUUUUUAAGACUGUAAAGAGGAUAAGUGGUAAAGAAAAUGAAUCAUUGGACUUGUAGGAAUUAGUCUUCACACAGGAUGAAGUCUGCACAAAGAGAUGAAAUACCCUGGAUCUCAGUAUGCCAAUGUGGAGGCUUUUCACUAACUUCUGUUGAGAAUCUGACCACUUUAUACACCUUGAGAUAGCCAUUAAGCAGGGGCGCAACUACCCAUUCUUGGUAGGGUACGCGAAAUGAAAAAUGGCGCCCUUCCCCACGUCUCAACCCGCCCUAACCCAGCAGACACACAUGAUUAAGAAAAAAAAUUUUUUUUUUUUAAGUAUGUUAGUGAUACGACUGCAACUAACGAUUAUAUACAUAACUGAUUAAUCGGACGAUUAUUUAAACGAUUAAUCGGAUAAAUGUCACUCUUUUCAAUUACCGUAACAAUUUCACUUCAAGUUUUUUAGUCAUGUUUUCAGUAACAAUGAAGAGAAAAUGGUUGACUAUUACCUUAAAAAAUAUUUUAUUAGCGCUUCCUGACUUAACUGUAGUGUUCCAAGUACAUAAAACUUUUUAAUAAAAAUUCUGAGUAUAAAACAUAAGAAUUUCUUACUGCACAAAUCAGACAAAAGUUCUGUUCAUUUAAAUAAAAAAAGGGCUGCUGAUUGACUUUUUUUUUCUUGAGGGCAAAGUUCUGAUAUAAAUUGUGUCAAUGAAUCAUUUAUUUUCUUUAUAUUUGUUAUUUGUUAUUAUGAACUAACCAGAAUCAGACAUCUGCGGCAGUCUUGCCAGUGCAGUGACAGUAAAUUGUUCCUUUUGUUAUUAUUAUUUAGAAUUAAUAUUUUUUUUAUCGUAGUACUAUGGAGUUUUCAAUGCUUUUAGUUUUCAUUAGAUUUUAAUUUUGGUUAUUUUAUGUUUUGCUUUCACUGACCAAACUCCAAAACAGCUCCAAAACAGAAGCUAUUCACAUAGGUACUACUCACCAGCUCCGUUCCGCCCCCAUUUCCUCAGUCUCCUUUUUCGGCCAUAAAUUUUCCCUCUCCCCUUCUGUGACUAAUUUGGGAGUCAGGUUUGACCCCCAUCUUAGCUUUAACAAUCACAUCAAUUAUAUUUGCAAAACCUCCUCCUUUCACCUCCGCAGUAUUGCCAAACUCUGGCCAUCUCUCUCCCGUCCUGCUGCAGAGAGACCCAUCCAUGCCUUUAUCUCCUCCAGGUUGGACUAUUGUAACGCACUCCUCAUCGGGAUCCCUGGCAAGAGCCUAAAAAGGCUUCAGUAUGUCCAAAACAGCGCUGCCAGGGUCCUGAUGAGGGUGCGUAAACACGAGCACAUCACCCCCAUCCU